UUUGCUACAAAACGUAUUUUAAAAAUGUUUUCUUUAUAAAAUACAUACGUUUACAACGAAAAAUAGUUGAUUUGGUAUUCUCCAUCUCUUGAUAUCCCUUCUCUCGAAGACGCUACCAACCAUGGUGUUGGCUCAUCUUUUUAAAAAGACCCUUUGCUCAAGGGUGGUACAGGCUGCUGCAAGGGGAGGUUUAUGGACUAUCCAAGCAAAAACACCCUUUUCAAGGCUAGCUUCAGAUGCCUCACUUGAUGGUGUAGACAUGAGAUCCGGACCAUUGUCCACACUGUCUGAAGAAGAGGAGAUGAUGAAAGAUACUGUUGCAAAGUUUGCUGCAGAACAGAUUUCACCACUGGUCGCUGAAAUGGAUCAAAAUGGUGAGAUGGAUAAAGAUCUUAUUCAAGCAAUGUUUGAUCAAGGGCUCAUGGGUGUUGAAAUAGAAGCAGAAUAUGGUGGAACUGAUUCAACUUUCUUCAGCUCCAUUAUUGUGAUUGAAGAAUUAGCAAAGGUUGAUCCAUCCAUCGCUGUUCCAUGCGACAUUCACAAUACUUUGAAUAAUCGUUUAAUUAGACAACAUGGGACAGAGGAACAAAAGAAUUUGUAUCUUCCAAUGAUGGCCACAUCAACGCUUUCAUCAUUUUGCCUGUCAGAACCUGAGGCAGGUAGUGAUGCAUUCUCCAUGAAAACUGUUGCCGAACAAAAAGGAGAUUAUUUUGUGAUAAAUGGUAGCAAAUGUUGGAUAUCAAAUUCAGCUGAGGCUGGUCUGUUUUUGCUUUUUGCUAAUGCUGCACCAGAUAAGGGUUAUAGAGGGAUCAGCUGCUUCAUUGUACCACGUGAAACAGAAGGGUUUGACAUUGGUCCAAAAGAGGAUAAGCUUGGUAUCAGAGCAUCAUCUACAUGUACAUUGAAUUUUGACAAUGCCAAGAUUCCAGCUAAGAAUUUACUUGGUCAGUUGGGCCAAGGCUACAAGUACAGCAUUGAGGUACUAAAUGAGGGACGUAUUGGUAUUGGAGCUCAGAUGGUUGGUUUAGCACAAGGCUGUCUUGAUCAUACAUUGCAGUAUGUUAGAGAAAGAAAACAGUUUGGGCAAAAAAUAUGGGAUUUCCAGUCAAUGAAACAUCAGAUUGCUUAUGUUGCGACUCAGAUCGAGGCAGCUCGUAUGUUAGUAUAUAACGCAGCCCGAAGACAAGAAGCUGGAUUGCCUGUGGUAAAGGAGGGAGCAAUGGCGAAAUUUUACGCAUCAGAGGUUGCUAGUAUAACAACGUCCAAAUGUAUGGAAUGGAUGGGAGGUGUUGGUUUCACCAAGGCGUAUCCAGUAGAGAAAUAUUACAGAGAUGUUAAAAUAGGUGCCAUUUACGAGGGCACGUCGAAUAUUCAGUUGACGACCAUCGCGAAAUGUAUGGACGAGGAUUGAGGCUGAAAGAUUAAAUUUCCAGGAAUAUUAUACGAUUGACUGUAACCAUGAAAUGCUGUCGUAAUAAUAGCAGAGUAAAGCUGUGGGUAGUUAUAACUGUCAGUUACAGAGAUAACAAUGUAGCAAAUACCUGUAAUUAAGAUAUUUGUUACAUUGAUUGCACUGCUGAAGAAUGUGUAGAUAGAUUUACUGUGAUGUAUUUAUGAAUGAAUGAAUAUA